AUGCCGAAAGAGGUGAUAGACAAGAUGCUUGUCAACUUACAAGUUAUCGAUCUGUCGCACUCUCAUUAUCUAACUGAAGUUCCAAAUCUCUCUGGGAGUCUAAAAAUUGUGCACAUAAAUCUCUGUGGCUGUCCAUGUUUGGUUGAAAUUCCAUGGUAUUUUCAACAUCUCCACAAGCUUACUCGUCUUGGUCUUGCAGCUUGCUGGAGUCUCAAGUAUCUUCCAGAAAUGCCAGGAAGUAUUAAAUACUUAGAUUUACAAGACACUGGUAUAAAGGAGUUGCCUGAAUCAGUUUGGCCUAACGAAAAUAUUUCUUACUUGAAUAUACGUUAUUGCAAAGACCUUGAUAAACUUCCAAGCAACAUGUGUAAACUGAAAGUCUCUGAUUGUUUUAAUCUAGAUGGCUGCACAUCUCGUGGCGAGUUUUCUGAGCUUCCCAAGGAUAUAACUACAUUAUCAUUGGUUGAUUGCAAGAGACUUGUGAGUCUACCAACCUACAUUUGUAAGUUGAAAUAUUUGGAGGAACUCAAUCUAUCUAGCUACUCCAAACUUGAAAACUUCCCAGAGAUCUUGGAGCCAAUGGAACAUUUAAAGUGCUUAAAUUUAAGUGGAACAGUGGUAAAAGAGCUACACUCAUCAAUCGAGUUUCUCCCUUCUCUCAAAAGACUUGAACUAGAAGGUUGCAAACGGCUUUCAAGUAUCCCAAAGAGCAUUUGUAAGUUGAAAUAUCUCAAAAAACUCGAUCUCUCUGGGUGCCCUGAACUUGAAAACUUCUAA